GCGAGGGACUGGAGUGAGUUUUCCAGAGUCUCCAGCAAAGCAGGGAGCAGCCAGGAGGCAGCCACAUGGAGGUCUCCAGCUGCAGAGGGUAAAAAAAGAGGAUCCUUUUGCCCAUGCCUGGCUGGAAAGAGGCUGCCAGAGUGAAGCUGGAAUGGGGGGCUCCUAGGAGGCCAGAGGGCAGGCUAUAAACAACAACAACAACAAGCCGGAGACACACCAGAUUUGCAGAGAUCGAUAGGAGGGAAGAGAAGAGGCUGAAAAUGCAGCUGACACGUUGCUGUUUCAUCUUCCUGAUCCAAGGGAGCAUAUAUCUGCUGGUGAUCUGUGGACAAGACGAGCCACCGGAAGAGGAGGAGGAAGAAAGUGGGAAACCAUCCAAAGAACAACAAAGAUCCCGGGUACAAAAGAAAAAAGGCCAACUCUCCUUGAAAUCUUCAGUAGCCCAAUCUCACUUCCAGAACACAACUCUGCUGGAGUUAGCGUCUACCAACCCACAAGAAUUUUGGAAUGUCUUAGAGAGCUUAUCUAAGCAGGAACAAGGCCUGCAACCCCGCAGCCGAAGGGACUCUGUGGCCAGCCCUGGUCGGCUUAAGAAGAUAUUUGGCUGGGGCGAUUUCUAUUCCAACAUCAAGACAGUAAAGCUGAACCUCUUGAUCACAGGGAAAGUGGUUGACCAUGGCAACGGCACAGUCAACGUCUUCUUCCGGCACAACUCGACCGGGCACGGAAACAUCUCUGUCAGCCUUGUGCCGCCCAACAAAGCCGUAGAGUUUGACCUUGAGCAGCAAAUCUUCAUCGAGGCAAAGGAAUCCAAGAUCUUCAACUGCCGAGUGGAGUAUGAGAAAGUGGACAGAGCAAAGAAGACCACCCUGUGCACCUAUGACCCCUCCAAAACCUGUUUCCUCAACCACACACAGAGUCAGGUCUCCUGGGUUUGCUCCAAACCUUUCAAAGUCAUCUGUAUCUAUAUUACCUUCUAUAGCAUAGACUACAGACUCGUCCAGAAAGUGUGCCCUGACUACAAUUACCACAACAAUGUUCCUUAUUACCCUUCUGGGUGACAACAUACCUCCUUGAUCUCGGAAGCAGCCCCAGUCCCAAGAACAACUUGCUAUGGGGUAAGGGCAAGAAACAGAACAAGACGAGGGCUGCAGACAGGAAAGAGGAGGAGCUAUUUCUCUCUGAUGCCAGACCAACCAACAAGUGGCUGGCCUCUGCUAAAGACAAUAGGUCCAAAAAGAGUUUGCGAGUGA